AUGCGGCGACCAGCGUGGGCUCCCAAACAAGCUCCCGUUUGCUUGAUCUGCGACGCUCUAACUGUUCGAGGCCCAAGCAGAGCCAAGGCCACCUUCACUACGCGGAGUGUCUCCAAUGCUCGACCUGCGCUGGACCGACGACCUCGUUGUUCCAGCAUCCAGCCGGUGGCGGUAGCAAACACAAGUCGGCCAAGAUGGCUAGCAUCACGCAUCAACAGUCGCACAUCUGCAGAAGGGAAGCAAGACGGGGGCCAAGCCGCGGUCAAGCCGCCGCCCGUUCCCGAAGCGGCAGGCAGAGAGAUUACUUCUCUGACAAACAUGUUGGCCUACAUUGAUAACAACAAAGCCAAGGUGCUCAACCAUCGUGGCGUUCCAUCCGAGGCCGAUAUCAGUGCUGCGCUUCAGGCCUGCCAGAUCGUGGCAGAUUAUAUCAUGGACGAUUCUGUGCAGCCUCAAAUCAGUCACAUGAUUAGCGAAACCGACUCGGCUGCCUCGAAUUUGUUGUCCCUGGAUCCUAGCGGCCGAAAGAAGACGACUUCUAGGCCAGCGACAUUCGAGGAGGCCGGUACCAGUCCCCGUAACACCUUGGUGUCUAAUCAGUUGAUGCAGAUGAUCGACAGGAUAUCUGAGGCUGCCUACGUCACGCUUGCACACCCUACCGUUUUGAUCACGCCAAGCUUGCUGGAGCAGUAUGUAAAGGUGCAGGCCACAUUAGGUAGGCCGGAGACGCUGCCUAGGGUGUUCCAGUUAUAUGCUUCAAAACCUAGACCGCAAGAGGUUUCGGGGUCUAUCAAGUAUUCGAAACAGAACCCCAACCAGGCCUCCAAGGCUAUAGACACAGACGUCGCGGACAUGGCACUGGACACUGCUAUCGAGGCCAAGAACCUCGACGCCGCCGUGGGUAUCAUUGAGAACACAUACACUACAACGGCCUUUAUUCGAUCAAAAGUGCUGCGCAAGAGCACACUUCCAUUGGCCACGUUUGCCGCGACACCGCUGGCGGCAUAUGCUGUGGCAAGGAACUUUUCCAUCUUCCAAGACGCCAUGGACACUGCGCAAGCAACCAACGUAGCAUUUGCCGGAAUACUAGCAUAUGUGGGAUUCACAGCCACGAUUGGCGUGGUUGCAGCAACUACAGCAAAUGACCAGAUGAAGCGGGUGACGUGGGCUCCAGGAGUACCUCUGCGCUCGCGCUGGGUCCGGGAGGAAGAGAGAGCGGCGCUAGAUAGAAUCGCCUGCGCAUGGGGUUUCGCGGAGCCUUGGCGGCAGGGCGAAGAAGAAGGCCCCGAGUGGGAUGUGCUCCGCGAGUACAUUGGGCAGAAAGGGAUGGUACUAGACCGGACCGAGCUAAUGGAGGGCAUGGAGUAG